AUGGGAGAAUUAUACGAGGCUGAAUUGGCAGUAGUUAUUGAUAGCAGACUAUCACUAGAAUUUUCUCAGAGAAUCAACGUAUUGCUCAGCUUUCCCUUUUCUUUACUCAGAGAACGUUCUCCAUGCAGGGACAUAAAACCAGAUAACCUGAUACUGGACAAAAAUGGCCAUUUAAAGCUUUCCGAUUUUGGCUUGUGCAAACCCUUAGAUAAGUAUUCAAAUUUACUAGAAAAUGAAGAUAUUUCUACCCAGGAAGUGUCGAAUGAAUCUGGAGGGCAUUCUGCCAGUGAGAGACCCCCUUGGUUGAUGCCAAAAGAGAAAUUGCAACAAUGGAAACGUAAUCGCCGUGCAUUGGCUUAUUCAACUGUUGGAACUCUUGAUUAUAUGGCACCUGAAGUGCUGUUGAAGAAGGGAUAUGGAAUGGAGUGCGAUUGGUGGUCCCUUGGUGCAAUCAUGUAUGAGAUGCUUAUAGGCUAUCCUCCCUUCUGCUCUGAUGAUCCAAGGAUCACAUGCCGCAAGAUAAUCAAUUGGAAAACAUGUCUCAAAUUCCCCGAGGAUCCAAAGAUAUCAAGCGAGGCCGAAGAUCUUAUUUGCCACUUGCUCUGUGAUGUUGAGACAAGGCUGGGGACCAGAGGGGUUGAAGAAUUGAAGGCGCAUCCAUGGUUCAGAUGCACUCAGUGGGAUUUGCUGUAUGAAUCGGAAGCUGCAUAUAAGCCUACAGUCAUUGGAGAUUUGGAUACUCAGAACUUUGAGAAGUUUCCUGAUUUGGAAGGCCCACCAUCAACAAUACCAAGUGUGGGACCUUGGAGGAAGAUGUUGACAUCAAAAGAUACCAAUUUUAUUGGAUUUACUUAUAAGAAAUCAGACGUCCUUAAAUCACUGGAAAGUUCAGGUACAGACAUGAAAUUGAAUGAAUCCUCGAAAGCUGCAUCUCUAAUUUCCUUGUUCGGUCAGAUCGAACUUGAAGAGACUGUAAUAUCAGAAUGUGAGCAGAAGCCGGAAACGUGAGAUCCAGCUAUCACACUUUGCCGCAAGUGUUGUCGGUAUUCCUAGUUUUGCAAUGAGAAUAAUCUACAAAUGGGAGAAUUAUACGAGGCUGAAUUGGCAGUAGUUGUAUGAAGACAGGAACAAGCACACCAUCAGCUUAAGGGGUUGAUGUGUUCUGCGGCUACAAUGAUUUUUGCUUACACGAAUGUUUUGGUACUUUAGACAAGUAAAUAGUUCAAUCCAAUUCUAAAAAGAGCUGUCUUAGUGCUUAAUUUUCCUUUACACGAGUCAGGGCCAAGUAAAAAGGCUACCUUUGAGCUGAGCUAUAAAACCCGACCUGGUUAA